AUGACUUUUCGUGCUGUUGCCCGUCUGAGUCCACUUGCUGAUGCGUUUAAUGGUGUAGCUAACCUUAACGAAGGUCACGAAAAUGCCAGACGUACGGGUCUUUUUCAAAACGAAAUCCUGACAAAGCCAUCUGGCUUUGGUGAACUGGUGACGGAAGCCACUUUUCAUUGCAAAAUGCUCUUACACGAGGCUACUUCCCUCAGUCGUACUCGGAAAAUGGUGCAGGUUCUCGAUGAUAUGUCCGNCGAUGAUAUGUCCGACUCGUUAUGCCGCGUGGCCGAUUUGGCUGAUUGCAUCCGAAUGCUUCAUCCGAACGAGUCCUAUCGAAUCGCCGCGGCUGAAGCGUGUCAGGCGAUCGGUUUACUUGUGGAAGAGUUGAACACCUAUCCGGAACUUUACAAUGCAUCGGUUCGCUCAGCCGGACUAAAUCGUGAUCGAACACAAUCCAAUCCAGACUUCGAUAUGGAUCAAAUUGAUAAGCGAGUUCUCAAUCUGUUCAUUGCGGAUUUCGAACUGUCCGGUGUGCAGCUUCAAGAUCCACGUAAACAGUCUGAAUUCGUUAACGCGGCCACUGCUUCAUUAACCAUCGGUGCGGAAUUUGUUGAGGCGUGUCACGCCCCGGCAACCUUACGUCCUGGGGAUCUGGUCGCAGCAGGUGCUGUGGGUGUUCCUCAGUUCGACGCAAUACAAGUCUAUCAUCCGAUUUCAGACGAUCCUCGCUCUGCAGUUCGGGCCGCUUCUUAUCGUGUUUACUAUGCACCAAUACCGGGACAGGAAGACCGUCUCAUCAAUCUAAUGCAGAUGCGUCAUCGAAUGGCCGACUCAAAGACCAUUGCGCUGAUUGAUCGACAGUACGACGGUCGGCGACGUGGGACCUGUUCGUAUAAAAUGCUGCCUUCCGAGGUAUACAAAGAGCUAACUGAUAGCCUAGUAAAAGAUGGCAGUACAAAGUCUGCUGGAUUCGCCAGUUUCGCCGAUCGUGCCACGCUACAUAGUUUGGCUGAAACUUCUGAUCGCGUCGGAUUGUUCCUCAACCAGUUGACAAAUCUUUUAUCCCCACUAGCUCGCCAGACUGCACAAGAACAACUAAUUCCGUUCUCCGAUAUUCCUGAUCACGAUGAAUGCAAAUCGGCAGGAGAAACACGUUCUGUACAUUUAUCUCCUUGGGAUGUACCAUAUUUGAUUGCGCUUAGACGGUCAUCUAUUCACCAUGAAGAAUUGGCUGACUAUUUUUCACUUGGUGCCUGUAUGGAAGGUGUUAGCCAGCUCGCCGAUUGUCUGUUCGGCUUGCAACUUCGCGCGGAACCCACUCUACCGGGUGAAGUGUGGCAUCCCAGUGUGACCAAAGUGGUUGUUUACGCCAAAUCCAGAUCGCACGGAUCAGCUAAAUCUGACAAACCGGUGGGAAUUGUUUACUGCGAUCUCUUGGAUCGUCCGGGGAAACUUGCCCAAACUAUAUACGCUUCAUUAGACCAACUCUUGCAUUCUGGGCCACCGGACCUCACAUUACGACCAUCUGGGCGAUGGAACAGUCCCAUGCCCGCCUCGUCGCACGUGUUGGCUGACCUGAUGGAACAGGCUGGUUUGUCAGAUUGGCUUACUUGCAGCCCCGAGCAUCUGUGCGCAUGGCCUCACCGUUUUGGUCACCUAGUUGGCUAUGGUGGCCGUUAUUACGCUUAUCUGAUGGCUCGCGCUGGUGCGCUUCUAGUUUGGCGAAAUUGCUUCGCCGAUAAUCCCUGGUCUUCAUCGAGAGGUCAACUUUAUGCGGACAAAUUGCUACGCUUGGGUGGAGAAUUUCAUCCUUCUGCUAUGAUCUCGAACCUAUUAUCCGCCUGCACUCAGACCGACGACAAUGAAUCGAAUCAACCACUGACCCCGGAGCAAAUGGUCAGCGGUCUGAUUGACGAAGUGGAAGAAAACGAACGUUGUGCUUCCUCUGUGCUCUCUUCCAUGUAUUCCCCAGGAUUGCACCAACCUGGUCGAACACCUCGAUGA